CACGCGUUUCACUUCUUAUCUUGUUUAAUUUAACACUCGUCCAAAAUAAUUUGACUCAAUUUCCAAUAAGUGUUAAAAAUGUGGCACAUUUUUCUUAUCUCUCAACUGAGACAAUAUUUUCCGUGAUAAGUGCUAUUUGAACACUGAGUACGAAGAAUUAUUAUUUUUAUACGGGAUGGUCGGAGUAGGAGGGAUUACCUUAGAUCUCGGCAAACUUUGCAGCAGUUGUUGAUUGUAGUUGGCUGUGACAAGUUUCAGAUCAGUGAUAUCAAGCAUCGAGGCGGCGACGACGCUCCGAUUAUGGCCUCCUUCAGCUGGCUUUGCCCCCUUGUGGCCCUCACCCUCCUCACCCUAACCACCGCCCAAUUCAGCGACUACUCUGAUCUCCGGGGCCCUUACUGCCAACGGCGGGGCUGUUGCCCCGGCCGCCAAGACGAUUGUUCCGAGCCUAUUUUAGGUACAUUGUGCUACUGUGACGAUUUCUGCAACCGGACACGAAACGAAGAUUGUUGUCCCGACUUUUGGACGCAUUGCAAGGGCCUUCCGCCCCCGCCCGAGCCCCCAUCCCCCAUUCUAGGGUGCACGUACGAAGGGAGAGUGUACCCCCUUAACAAACAAAUUAAGAAGAAUUGCAAUGUCUGUAAGUGUGAAAAAAUGGGCCAGAAUCAGGCCGAUAUGUUGUGCGAGCAGCACCAGUGUUUGAUUGAACCAUCGAUUACGGAAGCAAUUAACUCUAAUUAUGCCAAUUAUGGAUGGAGUGCUUCGAAUUAUUCGAAAUUCUGGGGCCAUAAGCUGGAAGAAGGGAUUAAAUUAAGGUUAGGGACUCUCCAACCGCAGCGUUUUGUCAUGCACAUGAACCCGGUGAGGAGGAUUUACGACCCAAAUUCUCUCCCAAGAGAAUUCGAUUCGGAAUUUAAGUGGCCUGGAUGGAUGUCAGAAAUACAGGAUCAAGGGUGGUGUGGCUCCUCCUGGGCCAUAACCACGGCUGCGGUGGCGUCAGACCGCUUUGCAAUUCUGUCCAAAGGCCGCGAAAAAGUAACUUUAAGUGCCCAACACCUCCUCUCGUGUGACCGAAGAGGCCAACAGAGCUGUAACGGGGGUUAUUUGGACCGGGCCUGGUCUUACAUCCGCAAAAUCGGAUUGGUCGACGAGCAGUGCUUCCCCUACAGUGCGACCAAUGAAAAGUGCAGAAUCCCAAGACGUGGCGACUUGGUUACUGCCAACUGUCAACUUCCGACCAAUGUUGACCGCCGCUCGAAAUACAAGGUGGCCCCAGCGUACAGAGUGGGCAACGAAACCGACAUCAUGUACGAAAUUUUGCAUUCCGGCCCUGUUCAAGCGACAAUGAAGGUCUACCACGACUUUUUCACUUACAAGCGGGGGAUUUACCGCCACUCGCCCAUCUCGACCAACGACCGAACCGGCUACCACUCGGUGCGAAUAGUGGGCUGGGGCGAGGAGUACUCGCCUGAAGGGCUCAAAAAAUACUGGAAAGUGGCCAACAGUUGGGGCCCCGAAUGGGGCGAAAACGGCUAUUUCCGCAUCCUUCGUGGGUCGAACGAGUGCGAGAUUGAGUCGUUCGUUUUGGGGACUUGGGCCGAAGUCGAGAACAAGUUGCUGUUGCGCAACGAGAUUUAAUCAAACAAGUGCCAUUGUGUUCGAAAAAUUGCCAUUUUACUUCGUAACUGCCAUGUUAUGUGUUCUGACAAAUUCAUCGCAACUGUUUUUUUUAUUUAUUGUGAGGCGACGAGCGAAACAACUCAAUUUUGUGGCUUCGUAUGCUCGUUGUCACUUCGAUAUUACAUUUAUUAUGUUACGUGUGAAUACUAAUUCGCUGUUAAAUCAUCGUAUAUUUUUAUAUGUGUAAAAAUAUGAAUAAAAUUUUUACUAAU